GAUGCGCUAGCAAAUGACAUGACUCUAGGCAACAUUCCUACAAUCAUUCCUUCUACACCUUAUGCCCUCUGUCCACGUUUAAACGAGUAUGCGGAGGGCAGCUCAUGGAGGACUUGGGCUUGUGAUACCACAUACAUCGAACAGGGAGAUUUUGAGAAGGGUAUGAUGUUUGAUAACAAGGAAUCGUUGUUGGAAGCUAUCAGAGUGUAUCAUAUUGGGAGAAAUGUGCAGUACAGAACGGAGACCUUGAACCAAACUGUCCUUUCCUUGAAGUGCAAGCGGGGUUGUUCCUGGAAACUUAGAGCUACGUUUGACUCUAAUAUAUCUUCAUGGCGUAUUGUUACCUAUAAGGGUAAGCACGGUUCUUGUGUAUUGGGUAGUGACAGUGUGUCGGCUGGACACAUUCACCUGACAUCUUCUGUCAUUAACAAUGUUAUUAGAAAUUGUGUUGCUAAAGACCCAUCCAUUAAGGUAUCUGUCGUACGUCAGAUGGUUAAAGAUCGCUUUGGUGUGGAUGUGAAUUAUAAGAGAGCGUGGUGUGCAAAGCAACAAGCUUUGUUAUCCAUUUACGGGACAUGGGAAGGUUCUUACUCAUUCCUUCCACGCUUUUUAGAAGCUUUGCAACAUUCCAACCCGGGGUUAGUAUUUGAGUGGUAUUUUAAGGAGGACAAUGACAUUGGUGUAUAUGUGAGACCUAAUAUUAGGACCUUCCAACGUGUCUUUUGGGCCUUUAAACCUUCCAUUGAAGGCUUCAGUUAUUGUAAACCUCUUAUUGCCAUUGACGGCACACACUUGUAUGGUAAAUAUUGCCAUACCUUAUUGACUGCCAUUGCCCAAGAUGGUGAUAAGGGAAUCUUUCCAUUGGCCUUCGCAUUGGUAGAGAAGGAGAACAUAAGUGCAUGGUCCUGGUUCAUGUCCUGUAUUCGUAAGCAUGUCACACAGAGGAUGGGGUUAUGCGUUAUUUCUGAUAGACACGCUGGUAUUUUAGCAACCAUGGAAGAGCCGGAGUGGCAACCACCUAAUGCUUAUCAUAGGUUUUGCUUACGCCAUUUGCUUAGCAACUUUAAUCGUGCUAUGGGUAAUGUUCGGUUGAAGAAAUUGUUUGGUAAAACAGCUGAGCAAAGACAACAAGUUAAGUUAAUGAAUGGUCUAAAGGCAAUUGCGACUGCAAAACGAGAGGCAAUUUUCUGGAUUGAUGACGUGGGUGAUAUGUCUAAGUGGUCAUUGUGUCAUGAUGGAGGUCAUAGGUAUGGCGUUACUAACACGAACUUAGCUGAAGUUUUCAACUAUGUGAUGAAGGGUGUACGUUUCUUACCUUUGACAACACUAGUUGAAUUCAGCUUCUAUCGGGUUAACGAUUAUUUUGUUCAAAGGCGUGAACGUGCUAGCGCAUGGUUACUUGGAGGACACAUGUACACAGUGCAUGCCACUAGAAUUAUCAAUAGAAAUACUGAAAAGGCAAAUUUUCAUGAGAUAAUCGCAUUUGAUUACAGUAGUGGCGUAUUUGAAGUUAAGACCGGGAGGGGUACUAGAGGAUCGUCCAAGGGGGGAAGAUUCAACAAGUUGACUUGAAUCAAGGGAAGUGCACAUGUAACAAACUUGAGAUAUACCACCUUCCUUGUUCACACAUACUUGCUGUGUGCAUCAAACAACACCUUUCAUUUGGGAGGUUCGUGGAUCCGUGCUAUACUAGUCAAAGUUAUGCAAGUACAUACGAACAUUACUUCAUGCCAAUAUGGGUUGGUACAGGGCAUUCCACCGCCUUGUGACACUGAACCCUAGCUGCACCUAAUUUCGCGAAGAAAUCAAGCUGGGGCAAACUGGAUGGAGAUCAACGGGCGCCACAUCGCUCGUUGGGAUCAUAGACUUGAGCUGUUGGCACAAGGUGCGCCGAUCGAUAUUGUCGGCGCACCUACUACACCUGACUAUAUGCCAUGGUUCCUCUCCAUCACGCGCCGAUGGAUGACACCACGUGCCAUCUUGGAAGCAGCACAUUACGCACCUGCUGCGCCUACGAUGACCCAAUUUGCACAAGGUGCGUCAAACGUGAUGCGGUACAGCCAGGAGGAGCUAGUGAGGGAGAUUGCGCAUGGCAUGCUCUUCGGCUCGCAGUUCCAGCACUUCAUACCGGAAGUCGCUCCACAGCACUCACCGACUACCUCCC